AUGAAAAUCAAUCAAUACGCUUGCAUUUCUUUGACAUAUGAUUACCAAAAGAAAGGAGACAUUCCAGAUUGCAAAGAUUAAUGGAUUAUUUUGAAUAAGGCACAAUGCAUUAAACACAAACUAUAAGAAUAUGAACCAAUUGUGGGUCCAGGGAAAUUGGACUCCCAGAACACUGAUAAUUAAUUUACCAAUUAGACUCCCAAUUCAAGUUCCAUAUUUACUAUAAUCAAUGAUAAAUUGUUGAUUGCUUUCAAACAAAAGAUUUUAUAGUAUGAUCGAAUAUCAGAUCUAUUUUCAACUGAUAAGUAUCAAACUUGUUUGCCAUAACAAUAACAUACAGUGACAUCUGGAAAUGUGAUAUCGAUGCAUCCAAAUCAAAACCAAUUAAUCGUUAGAACAGAAAAUGCCAUCAUAUUAUAUAAGUUUAGUAAUUCAAAUUUUUCACUCCAAAAAACCUACAAUUAUUCCAAUAUUAAACAACUAAACAUUUAAAAUAAUGUGCUUUUCCUUUGUUUGUCCGAUAGAUUAAUAGCAAUAAACCUGAUUAAUCAAACAGAGCAAAUUCUCAAAGCUGACAACAAUAUAGUUGCUGGUUAUCUCAAAGAUUAAGAAUAUUACUACAUAUGCGAAAACUCCUAUGUUGUUAAGAGUCUUUAAAGAAACUACGAACUAGCUAUUCCAAUCCCCAUAGCAAUAAAGGCCCUCUUUUUGAUAGAUAAAUUCAUUUGUGUCUGUGGUUAUUAAACCAAAUACGAACCCUACGACGAUGAAGAUGAGGAACCAGCUACUUAUAGUUCCCACGUCUUUUGGUUCGAUAUUACUUGCAAUCAACCCAUUAAAGAGAGUAGUCACAGAGAAGUGGAUCUAAUUGUAGAUACAAAUAACAAAGGGGACUUUGGAAUCACACAACUAAGUGACCUAUACAUAGUUUUCGGUAGUAAUUUGAGAGUGGCUACCUUUUGGUCCUUGGAUAGACUGUGUUAACAAGCUAAGAGAUAUGAGAAUUCAGAUGAAAUAUUGGAAUUGCUUCAACAUUCAGAAAUUAGAGGGUUGGUCACUUAUAAAUCCAAUCCCUUCAUUGGAUUCGGAAUGAACCAAAAGAACUUUCGUUGCAUUGAACGAAAUCCUAAUGUCUGCAUCUUCGACAAAAAAGGAGGAUUGUAAAUGUAUGAAUUCUUUAAUUUCAAAAAAAUCGUGGAAUAUCAGAUUAAUCAACCACAACCUUAAAAUAGCAUAUUUUAGAAUAGUUAAAAUCUAUUUUAGAAUCCUCAAUUGGUAUCUACAAGAUCUCAAAAGUUUUAAAAGGGUUUGGAUGAUAUAAAGUUCACUGUAAUUGAAUGUGAGAAGAAGGAGAUGAACAUUAUUGCUAAUCCACCCUUUAAUUUAUAAUUGAUUACACAAAACAAAGAUUCUCAAAUGGUUUUCGGCAAAGGAAGAAUCGAUUAUUAAUUUAGAUUACAUCAGAAUCAGAACCCUUCAGCUAAUUUAGUCAUUGAUUAUCAACAUUUUCAAAUCAUAGGACAUGAAAGAGAAAUAGUAAUACUUACACCAAUUAUUGUAUAAUAAAUAUUAUCAGAAUAAUAAUAACCUAAGUUGUAAAUUCAAAAGGUUACCUCUAAUCCAGCAGAACUUAUUAAUAGUCUAUUCCUAUUUUAGAAUAAGAUAUUGAUACAAACCAACACUUCCUUGUACUUGGUUAACUACUAAGAUAAUCAAUGGAAUGUAAAACUACUCUUGAAUCACAAUAAUAUAACCAGAGUCUAGGUUUUAGAUUAGUAUCUCUUAUUGACCAUUUCUUAGGAUGGUGUUUAAUAAAUAUUGUAUGAGUAUAAAAAGGACAGCUUAUAGUAGAAGGUUUCGCAUAGAAGCAAUGCUGGUUGUCUAUUAUAAUUAGAUGGGUAACCACAAUUGUUACUAAUAAUCGAUGACUAAUUAUAUAUAUUGAAGGACUUUGUCACAAAAUAAUUAGUCUAAAUUGACAUCGAAAUAAUAUAAUCAAAGGAGUAUUUUAUUGCCUAAUUGCAUGAGAAUCACAUUUACUUAUCCUUUGCAACCAUUGAUGAGUAUGAAUUCAAUCAUUUUAUACUAAAUUACGAUGCAGAAAGAAAUCAAGCAAAAUCAGAAUUACAUUUGAAUGAUGUACUCUCCAAUCUAAACAUAAAUGACAUCUAAACUUAAAUCACUAAUUUUGAUUGGAACAUAACUUCAAUAAAUACACCCAUAGCAAAAAUCAUCAUAAUAUUUCCCAAUGGAGUCUAAGAAGGAUUUGUUUUCUAGGUUUGUGGAAAUGACUUGCGUACUAUUGAUAAUGAAAAAGGGGAACCCAUCUAACUUUCAUCCUACACUCAUUUUGUUAAAGGAAUCUCAACUCUUAAGUAUGUGUUACCUAAUGAGGAGAAAUUAGGGGAUAAGCCAGGUUUAUGUAAAGCAAAAUAGGAACAAAAAGAAUUUCAAUACUAGAUGUAGCCAUCAAUAUUAAUAUACGAAUUCGAUGAAAAAAGCAAUCUGACCAUUCAUAGACUAUUGUUAAUAAAAUUAGAUAAGUUGGAUGAUUCAACUCCACUCUUGUAGCUUUUUGAAGACAAACCAAAUCCCUAAAAGAAUUCAUAAUCGGAAUAAUUAAAAACACCCGACAGAUAAUAAAAUGAAAUCUCAAAAUAAUUGAUCAAUCAAUAACCUUAACCACCUAAAAGGGUCACCUAAAUUACUUACUAAUUAUCAGAAUUUUGUAAGCAAUCCAUGAAAUAAUUGAAUGGAGAAGAAGAAGAGGAUCUGCUUAUGAAACCAUACUUCUCUAUAUUCACAUCCCAAAAGUUUUUGGAUGAAUUAAGUGCUCAAUACACUUAGAUACAUAACACUAGAAAAUUGAUGAAAUAAAAGACUCUGGAAAGUUCUUCUGUCUAAGACUUUUGUUUACUUAGAAAGUCAUUUGAUAUUCCAAAAUUCAAAUUCAGUUAUGAUGAAAUUCAAACGACUUUAGCUUCAUUAUCAAAAGUAGAAGAACAAUUUUCAUGGAUUUGUAACUUUGUAAUUAAUACUCUAUAAAUGAAUCCCAUUAAGAGGAAUAAAAUCACAUUUGGAGAAUUUGAGUUUCCAAGUAUUCAUCAUAUUACACCUAAAAAAUAACCAAGUAAUUCAAAAACUAAAAUCGGAAGAAAGAUAGUAUUCUCAGAAUUUUGUGAUUAAGAACCAAAGACUGAUUUACAAAUGGCAUUUAUUGAAAAAUUAUGUUAAGCUCACAAAUCCAACGUCAAAUACUUACAAUUAGGGAAUGAGUCCAGUAAGGAGAUUAAUGAUCUAAGCCUUCCUUUAAAUGCGAUGUCCACAACAUCUUUUGGAAUACCUCUUUCAAGAUUUUCUUAAAAACAACAGAUAUUUGACACUCUAUAUGAAAGCAAUAAUUAUAAUCAAAAUCAAGUAUCAAAUUCGAAAGAUUAAGUUAAAACUAUUCAAGCUUAAACAGAAAAUGGGUCAUCUCUUAUGGGUACUUUUAAAGGUCAAACGGAAAGGAAUUAAAAAAUUGAACCUAUUUAGUCCCAAAGAAAAGAUAAAUCAAGUGAUACAUCAAAGAAAAAUAAUAAGUUGUUUGAUGAUAAUGAUAAGGGUUUAGAAAAGAAAAGCGAUGCCAAUUCAUAAUAAUAAUUAUUCGAUAUCAAUAAUAAGGGGAUGACUAGAACAAAGGGGGGCUUCUUAAGUCAAGAAUCAGAUUAAGAAUCAAUAAAUCCUUUUAAAUCAGACUUCUAAAGUGUGCGGGAAAUGAAUAUGGUAGAAUCUCAAAUAAUUGAUCCCUCCAAACAAAAAGAUAAUCUUAAAGAAUCCACUAAACCCUUAUUUGGAUAACCUCUAAAAACAGAAGCCAAUUAAGAAAAAGCCAUAUUUGGAUAACCUUUGAAAACAGAAGGUAAUUAAGAAAAAAGCAUGUUUGGUUAACAAACUCUAAAUAAUACUACUGGAUUAUUUAAAGACCUAAAACUAGAUGAUAAAUCAGGUGCAUCUGCUCAGAAUUCAAAUAUUUUAAAGCAACAAACACCCAAUGAAAAGGAUAAAACCAAUUAAGAUAAACCCGCUGUAGAAUCAAAUAUUUUUGGAUAACUUACUUCCCAACAGACUUAAAAUUCAAAUAAACUGCUUAACCUAAAUUCAAACGAAAACCCUACUGAAAAAUAAUAAUAAAAACCGAGUCAGCCUCCUCUAUUUAAUACUAAUUUUGGAGAUGGAAAAUUACUUUUCUCCUCGCUUACUCCUAAUGUAGAGUCUGCCAGCAGCUUUUUAGGAAUAAAAACUGAAACCAAAGAUGCUGCACAAAAUGAGUAAAGUAAAAAGAAGUAAGAAGAUUCUUCGCUUUUAAAUUCAAAGAAGGAAUCUCAAAGUCUAUUAUAAAAUCUAUAAAAACCAGAAAAUUAAGAAUAAAAUCAAAUUCCAAAGACAUCUACACCUGCACCAGCCCCAGCCCCAGUACCAUAGCAAACAACUUUAUUUACUUUUGGUUAACCAAGUGAAAUUUAAGUAACACCAGCCAAUAAUGUGACUUAACAGGAACCUUAAAUCUAACCAUAAGCAUAAGCUCCUUUAUAACUAGGUUCUUCGAUGUUUAACUCAUAAAAGUAAGAUGUAAAUUUUAACACUUACUCUUAAACCCAACCUACUUCUUUAUUUUUAAAUUGUAGCAAUUAACCAUUUUAAGGAAUGCAAAAUUCUAUAGGAAUUUAGUAAUAAAGUCAACCUGGGCCUCUUAUAAUUAAUUCAUCCACUUUUGGAAGUACAAGUAGUGUAUUCGACUAAAAGAAUACAGCUCCACCACCUUAAUAAAAAAUUAAUUUUAGUAAUCUACAGAGUCAAGGUUUGCCCAACACCUUAGGCGGAUUCUUUGGUCAAACGCCUUAAACAAAUUAAGUAGGAUUCCUUUAGACCUCAUCCAUUUAAUUUGGAUUCGAUCCUAACUAAGAGAAGCCAAGAAAAUGAAAUCAUCAAUUUAUUAGUAUUAUUAUUAUAUUUAAGAAC